AUGUUCGAUAUCGAUUGGGUAGGCCUCGCCCUUCCCGUUGCCUACCUGCUGGUUCUCGCAGGCGCCCUCAUGACCUUUUCGACUAGUUACCGCAAGAGAAAGGCCGCCGAAAGCGCCAACCUGGCUCCGUGGUUCCGACCUAAUCUCCAGCGCAACGUGUACCUCUCGCUCCUGCACAUGGAACCCGAAGACGGCAGUCAGAAAACCCCCCGCGUUCCCGACAGCGUGCUAAAAGCCGCCCUUCUACGGCGCGCUGUCGAGGACAUCGGUCGUUUGAUCCAGAUAAAGUCAGCGAAGCAGGCAUGUAGCUCUCUGCUUCUGCGCGGCAGCGUGGGCGAUGAUUUGUGGCAGAGAUUCCAGCGUGCCGAGAAGGAGAUGGAGGAGGAGUUGCGAGACGUCGUCACCGAGGCUAAUGCCGUGGCGCCGAACUGGGGCUCAACUAUCUUCCAAUCCGCCCACGAAAUCGCCGCCAACAGCCGCCUCCGCGCCUCCCUAGACGAAAUCGAAGCCCAAAGGGACGCCGAAAAGGCGUGGUGGGAGAAGCGCCGCAGCCAGAUCCAGUCCGAAUUCAUGAAAGAGCUGGACGAGUCGGAGAAGAGCUCGGUCAGGGAAGGAGCCAGCGAAGAUGAUGCCGUUCUUGUGGACACACCUUCCAAGGGGAAGAAGGGCAAGAAAUAA